AGCCUAUCGAUCUGUUUGGAGGACCGGAUCAAGCCGUUUCAGCAAAAGAUCAAUGAAUUUGAUGCUUUCGUCCUCCGUUCUAAUGCUCGUCAAACUGACGGACCGAAAUCUAUGACAUUUGUUGGCAACGGUCAUAUCGGAUGCUCAUUUGAGCAGGAGGGUCUGCUUGUUCAACAUGGAGGCACCAUGUCUAAAUUGCUCAACAUACCCGUUCUCAUCAGUCUAGAUGUGCAUGGAUAUCUCAGUGAUGCCUCUCUUGUAAUGGAUGUGCGUGAUGGGAUCAUGUACAAAAUGAACUGCUUCAAGCAUGAGAAUGAAUUGUGCGUUUCCUCAGGCACAAUGGUGUACGCCCACCGGAUCUACAACAGUCUGCUAGUGCAGAACUUUCGUGUGUACAACCCACUGGACGACGACGCGACGGUAAAGAUCAACAAGGGAAACAUCCAUUCGUGGAGCGGUGUGCGGACAUUACGUACGACAAACCUCAAGCAACAAAAUCUUCCUGGUGAAGAAAAACCUCGAACUGUAUCCUAUCAGGUCCUAUCAAUACUCAUAGAAGAGCCUAUAACGGAAGAGCGAUCGAGAGGGCGUUCGAAGGAAACUAUCGUCAGUCAUGUCACAGUUGUUGUGCUCUUCGAACCAGUCUUCCCAGACAUGCUGACAGUGCAUGCGGGAAAAACACAGUCAUAUUCGUUCAUCACUGGCGUGCGUAGUUCCACCACUCCUAUCCCUGUCACCAAAGCUGAUCUAACCCAAGCUGCUUCGGAUUACGGUGUGAUUGGACGUGAGCGCAAGGCGUUAGAAUCCAUUGUCCAGUCAGAAUUAGCUUUCGCUCUACAAUAUCCUGAAGCUGAAUUGAGGACGUUACACACUACAGCAUGGAAUCGGCUCUGGCUGUCAGGCAUUACGUUAAGCUAUUCGUACGCACCCAACACGCUGAAUGGAGAGGAAGUGAACACCACUCUAUAUUAUUUGGCAUCGCAUAUGCCAGACUACUAUUCUGUCUCGAUUGAUGGCAACCAAACCGUUAUGAAUGCCUAUCUGGAACGUGCGAAUCGCCGGACAACGUGCUCACCACCCCACAAUCUUCUUGAGUCUACCGUCCAUUGGCAACCAGUGCGGUCAUUUUCGAAAAUGUCAAACUUGAUCAGCACCUGGUAUUCCACUCUUCGUUUGGCUCGCUGUGAUGCGUUUUUCGAGGAUGGCGCUCAUGGGAUAUUACAAGCAGCUUUACUACACAUUGGCCAGUUUCAUCUGCAUGAGAAGUACGCCUCUUGUGGUCUAUCGGCAGAAACACUACAUCGAGAUAUACUGUUCCGUCGUGUCCAGCUCAAUCAACCCGGUGUUUACGUCAACGUGGAAAUUCGUAUCGUACCCGGUGAACUUAGUCUCUCCUCUCCACAUCUCAUGGUUGUUGAAUUGUCCACCUGGCGUUCGGAUCCACCGCCUCCACUGAGCACGGUUGCAAACUCAAAAACACCGAAUAUGCUCCCGAUGCUAUCACAGCCGCUGGAUGCAGCCCUUAUUGCUCCCAUCAGGCCGUCAGCUGACAUCCAGGGAAACCAACGCUCAGACCUGCUUGUCUGGGUUGAACAUGAGGCGCAACGAAUCCCCGUCUUCGUCUGUCCUGCCGGUUGUCAGGACAUGCCUGUCGAAGUGAAGAAAACAAGACUCAUGGUACCCUUUCUGAUAACGAUCCCGUUUUCGGUCCUGAUGUACUUCGGAACACAAGAUGCAAGAACCCUGAUGGAAUACGGCCAACUGUUCAAGUACACUGACGUGCAUCCAGGGCCUAACCCUGAUCAUGACCUUAUCACCUUACAUCGCCACGGACACGCUUUCGGUGGAUUACCUUGGCUAUUCUGGAUUAGCCUCGGACUGUUAAUAACGCUGUUUCACUUGUUCUUCUGCAAGAUAAUCUACAACGAACUUGUGCGAGACCACUCCGAUGACACUGAGAACCCAUCGACAUAUGCUUCGCACCUGCGAUCACCUCAAGCUUUGGCAGCAAGAGCAUACAUCAAAGCGCAGGUGGCUUCCAGACGAAGAUCGAACAGAGACUGGGACACUAUGCCAUGAAACGUUCGAAUCAUGGGCUAUUAUGUUUUGUACUGAAAUAAAAACGGUCAACUGUAAUGCUCCGAAUUCAAUGUAUAUAUACACAUGGAUUAGUACACGGCAAAAUAAAACUACUAUUAUGAACAAGGGGUAGGCUAAGCCGUACUGCAAUGAGCAGGUCCAGCGAUUUCUCCGGCACAACAAAAAAUGAAGAGGGACGUAAACAAGUCUUUUAGAAUCAAAAUGGCAAAGUUGAAAAUAGCACAGGAUGGUGGGCCGACAGAGGUGACAGCACCGGUACAGAGAAAAAGAUCUCGCCGGGUAAUUUGAGAACAUCACGAGAGCUCUCAUUAGCCGCCGUCCUGUUCGUCUGAUUGCUCAAUGCGCGUGACUGGCGGAAGCGAAAUAACUUUGUACAAUGGGAUGAAUUGUUUAGUUCCAACAUAUGAAUGGACGCUAUCGGUGGAAUACGGUGGUGUAGGAAGAGAACCACGCGAAAAAGCGAAAAGUCACUAAUAACGUCGAUCGGAAGUCGCAGCAACCGAUGUUCAUUCUCGUGCAAAAAUGCUAUCGGACCACCAUCAACCACCGACAUCCAAUCUCCUGUACAAACAUACGAGUUAAGCUAAUGUACAUGAAGUUUUACAAAGUAUAGGACAAAAAUAACAGGCGCUCAAAACCAUAAAAGUAUUCGACCGACCAAGCACAUCGAUAAAAUUAUGAUCGUGCGAGCAUCACCGAAAUUUUUAUCACAGAUACCAUGAACUCCGACGGCUAAAAAGUAUUGUCACAGUUCACCGAUGUACAAAGUUGAGGAACAUCUUCCGGUUGGCAUAAAAGCAGCUCAGACCAGGAUGACAGUCCCAGCCGCUACGCGAAAGAUUAAGGUAGUGCAAAAAUGCGAAGUGGGGAGGAAAAUGCCUAAUCCAGAUCAAUCUAAUGGCCUGACAAGUCUGGGUGUACCGGGGAAAUCUGAGUUCACACAAGAACUGAGAGGCACAAAGUUCCCACGUUUAAAUAACAUAAGACAGUCGAUUCACAAUGAAGACGGCGGGGAACAGCUUAUGAAAGCCGGUGUUCAGCCCGUCGACACACUGAAGCGUGCGCAAUUGAGUGCCAAUCAAGAAGAAAUGAAGGACAAGUCGAGGGAUGGUCGACAAGACAACAAAAACGACCUAAUUUACAAAAUACAAAAAGGAAACAAAGUGUCAACCAAUGGAAAUCUUGCAGCUAAAACCGUUUUACUGACGGUAGCCUACCUGAAGUUGAGGGGAAACGAAAGAGAGCGGUGAUGUAUCCAUUCAACUACUCUUGUGGCCACUGUUCGAGUCAGCUGGUGAACUUCGACCUGAGUGGUCAGCACUAUGAACAUUAUUGCGGUAAAACGUAGAAGCACAGGAAAUUAUAUUCCGGUUGGUAGGCGCAGCAUCGAGCUGUGGACUAGAGGUAUUCAUCCGCACCCAGGUGUUUGAUACGCCGUUGGGACAGUAGUUGAGACCGUAAACCAGGUUCACAACGCGUUGGUCAAUUUUGCCACCUCCAUGUUCCUACAUGACGGGUCGAUAACAAAGCCAGCACAGAACUUACCUCUAGGAAUCGGAAAAACGUCUCCCCAGUUAGCAUAGCAUCGCUGCCCGCUUGGUGCCUCAGACCGAUACGGGGAACGCGCAUAAGAUCAGCAAGCUCUUGGAGCCCGCUUUUAGGGAACCUGUGUUCACUCAUCAUUGCCUUUAAGUCGACAAUUCGGGGGAAGAAAAUCAACAGUCGUUUCUGGAACUCCUGGAAGUUGUCAGGCAUUUGUUUCCAAUCUGUGCAUAUCUUCAUCAUGUACGCGAAAUCGUACGCACUACAAGAAAUGACAACUUAAGCAAAACCCCUUACCUGUGGAAACCAAUCCAAGUUAUUCGAUCGUUCAAAGCGAGACCGCUCGCAAUGAAGGCCUCAGCAAAAUCGUUCAGUUCUAUUCCGUUUCGUUUCAAUUUUUCAAAGUCUAUUCCGGAAAAGGCCAGUAAUUUGAUAGAAUCAUCAGCGUAUGUAUCGUUGUCAACGUUCCACUUAAUGUUAAACUGAACCGUGGAUACGUCACCCACUGUUUGCCCUCUAUCGUUAAAGAAACUGAAGCCGAUUUGUAUGGGUUUCAUCAUGUCGAUGUUCACUUUGAUAUUGUGAUAUGCCUGCUCGAAACUGUUCGCGUACUCCCCAAAAACUUUGGCAACAACACCGGGAAACUCCGUGUCGACUGCAACAUAGCGGCACUCACGUCCCAGUUGUCGAAGGAGCUGCAUGCCUUCGUGGAAAUUCGGAGCCCAUACGUCCCAAACACGCCGGUGGAAGUGAUCCGUAGUAUGGCCGUGCGGCAGAGGACUGUGGUCUAAGUGUGUUGGAUGUUGAGCACUAUGGUGUAAAUGACCAUUUUGGUGGGGGUGCGGGUGGUGGCUUUGAGUGUGAUAGGCGGCCUGUGGGGCAUAUCCAUCAGUGGUGACUGCCAUUCCGUUUCUAUAUCCAAACUUUCCACAGGGUGCGCCAAGGGGUGAGUCCGAGUGAGAACCAGGUAGAAUGUGAGUAGAGUAACCGUUUUGUGUCACAGAGGGCAAGUCACGAAAUGGGUGCAUCGAGUAACAUAGGUGACACAUUCAGCAGUUUUGUCUGAAGGAGAUGAGGAAAUCAUUGAAACACAUAAAACAGAACAUACAUUGAUAGGCUGAGCGAACUCCCAGAUACUCACGAAGUGGUUGCAUGCGAAAUACGGAGGAAACGGCUGCCCGCCCAGAUUUUGCACUUUCGCUUAAUGGAAC